GGAUGGCGUCGGAACAUAAAGAUUCUGAUGGAAGAAUUAGGUGCCCGUGUGUGAGAUGCAAUAAUAAUAGAUUUGAAUCUUUGGAUGUAGUUCGGACACACGUAUUCGAUAGGGGUUUUCAUCAAGCUUAUGAUAAGUGGAUUUUUCAUGGUGAGGUGGAAGAAAUUGUUGCUGAUGAGGUGGUUGAUGAGAAUGAAGACGAUGAGAUGAUUCAAGUUGUGGAAGACUUCCUUUUACCGACAACUGAGGAAGUAGAAAGGGAUCCCGGUGGGAGUCAGUAUUAUGACGAGUUAUUUGAGGAGAUUGAAGCGGAGUUGUAUCCUGGCUGUGAUUGGAUUUCAUCCCUGAACUUUUUAGCAAAGUUAUUGCAUCUAAAAGUUAGAGGGAAGAUGCCUAACAACAUAUUUGAUGAAUUGCUAAAGUUGUUAAAGCUUGCAUUUCCUAAGGAGAACAAAAUCCCCGAAUCGUACUACGAGGCGAAAAAGAGAUUGAAAAAAUUAGGGUUGGGAUACGAGUCCAUUCAUGUGUGUCAGUAUGAUUGCUGCUUAUUUUACAAUGAGCAUGCAUCUAAAGAGACAUGUCCAGUAUGCGGAAGUAGUAGAUGGAUUACUUCCGAAAUGAGGAAAGGAAAAAAAGUGCCACACAAGGUGAUGCGUUACUUUCCGUUGACCCCUCGGUUGAAAAGAUUAUACAGUUCAAGGAUUACAGCAAAACACAUGAUAUGGCAUCACGCCGGGAAAUCAAAAGAUGAAGGGGUGAUGCGACACUCGGUAGACGGCUCUGCGUGGAAGGACUUUGAUGCCAAGCAUCCUGAUUUUUCAAGGGAUCCCAGAAAUGUUCGUCUGGGCUUAGCUGCUGAUGGAUUUAAUCCAUUUGGCAACAUGAAUCUUGCAUACAGCAUGUGGCCUGUGGUGUUGGCAAACUAUAAUCUGCCACCUUGGUUGUGCAUGAAAGACAAUUAUUUCAUGUUGACCCUCCUUAUUCCUGGGCCAAAAUCACCCGGUAAGGACAUGGAUGUAUUUCUGAGACCAUUGGUGGAUGAGUUGAAGGAUCUGUGGGUUAACAGAGUUGAUACAAGAGAUAGUACGAACAACAGGAUGUUCAAGAUGCGGGCAGCCCUUUUGUGGACAAUGAACGAUUUUCCAGCUCGCAGUAGUUUGUCUAGAUGGAGUGGUCAGGGAUACAAAGCUUGUCCUACGUGUAAUGAGGACACAACUUCCAUCCGAGUGAUCGGUAAAACUUCUUACGUUGGUCACAGAAGAUUCUUGCCAAGUACUCAUCGAAUGAGAAGAGACAAAGAGUUCGAUGAAGAAGUUGAGAGAAGACGUCCUCCGAGACGGUUUACUUGUGAGGAUAUACUAGAACAAGUUAAUGCUCUUGCAGCGCAAGUUCCAAGAAAACAUGUCCAGUUUGGGGGUGUGAAACGUAAAAGAGGAGUAGAUGAAGGUAAUUGGAGGAAAAAAAGUAUUUUUUAUGAGCUUGAGUAUUGGUGUACAAACAAAUUAAAACACAAUAUAGAUGUCAUGCAUGUUGAGAAGAAUGUGUGUGAUAGUCUCCUUGGCACCAUCUUAGACAGUGAUAAAUCUAAGGACACCACUAAUGCCAGACAUGAUUUGAAAAAGAUGGGUGUGAGAGAAUCAUUGUGGAUUUAUGAAGAUGAGAAUGGGAAGCUGAUGAAGCCGCACGCUCCUUAUGUGUUAACUCCGGCGCAGAGGCAACAGUUUUGUCAGUUUAUAAAAGGAGUUAGAUUUCCAGAUGGUUUUUGUUCAAAUUUGAAGAAGAAAGUGUCUGAGAAUGAUACAAAUAUUCUUGGGUUGAAGUCACACGAUUGUCAUGUGAUAAUGCAACGAUUACUUUCGCUCGGUGUUCGUAAGUUUCUUCCAAAAUCUAUAUCGACCACUAUUGCAGAAUUGUGCAAUUUCUUCAGGCAAAUAUGUUCGAGGACUUUAAAUGUUAAAGAUAUGGAGGAAGCACAAAAUGAUCUUAUUCAGAUAUUGUGCAAGAUGGAGUUCAUUUUUCCUCCAGCUUUUUUUGACAUAAUGAUUCAUUUGGUAUUGCAUUUUCCAGAAGAAGCAAUAUUGGGUGGUCCGGUAUUUAUGAGGUGGAUGUAUCCUUUUGAAAGAUACAUGAAAAAAUUAAAGAAUUAUGUGGACAAUAAAGCUCGCCCUGAAGGGUCGAUCGCCGAAGGCUAUGUUGCAGACGAGGCUUUGACCUUUUGUUCAAUGUAUUUCAAAGGCAUUGAAACAAGAUUUAACCGUCUUGAUCAAAAUGAAGAUGCAACUUAUAUCCCACGAAAUCUUGCAGUUUUCCAAUCUCAAUGUCGUCCACUCACAAAGGGAACUUUGAAGACUCUCGAUCAUAAGACUCGUGAAAUAGCUGAGUGGUUGAUACUUGAGAAUUCUCCUGAAAUUGAGCCUUAUUUAGAUGAACACCUACAAGAGAUUAAACAAAAAUACCCAGAUGGUGAUCAUGAUCGUUUGCAUAGGAAAAAUUUUCGUUCGUGGUUUCAUAAAAAGAUAUAUGACCUGCACAAGCUUGGGUCUUUGGAUAACGGUGAUGAACUGUUAGCUUUAGCAUCUGGGUCAGAUCAUUUGUCAACAUUUUACCAAGGUUGUAUAGUCAAUGGUGUUCGAUUUAUUGCACACGAUCGAGACAAAAAGCGCACCACACAGAAUAGUGGAGUGUCGGCUGCCGGAACAGAAGGUUUUAAUUUUUACGGCACGCUUGAAGAAGUGGUGAUACUUUCUUUCACUGGUGCAUAUUCAGUGGCAUUAUUUCGGUGCAAAUGGUUUAAUACAAAUCCAAGAAUGAAGAAAACAGUCAUUGAAAAUAAUGUCACUAGUAUAAACGUCAAUGGCGAAUGGUACAAAGAUGAGCCGUACAUACUUGCUACUCAAGCUAAGCAAGUUUUCUAUCUCCAUGAUUUACUUAGAGGUCGUGAUUGGAAAGUUGUAGAAGAUGUGAAUCAUCGACAGAUUUGGGACAUUAAGGACAAUUCUGAUGAGGUUAAUGAUGUUAUUGAUGUUGUACAUGAAACAAGUUCAUCAAAUUUUUUGUUGACUGUGGACCUCGGAGAGUUGAUUAUGCAAUCUGAUCAACCUGCUGCAUAUGUUGGAGCUGAUGAAGAUGGUGACGACGAAGCUGAUAUGUCAGAACAUGAGGACGUUCCAGAUGCAGAAGAUGAAUUGGUUGUUGAACUUUGUGAAGAUGAAAAUGUGUCUCCGAUUACUGAUGGAAAUGAUAGUGAUUACUCUGUUUAGUUUUUUUCUAUUUGUGUAACAGAACUAUGUAUUUAAAUAUAAUGAAGUGUUUUUUUGUAAUUAUAAUAUAAGAUAUUUGAGCUUUGUGAAGAUGAAAAUGUAUCUCCGAUUACUGAUGGAAAUGAUAGUGAUUACUCUGUUUAGUUUUUUUCUAUUUGUGUAACAGAACUAUGUAUUUAAAUAUAAUGAAGUGUUUUUUUGUAAUUAUAAUAUAAGAUAUUUGAGCUUUGUGAAGAUGAAAAUGUAUCUCCGAUUACUGAUGGAAAUGAUAGUGAUUACUCUGUUUAGUU